AUGUGGCAUGAUACUGGUAUCAGGUGUUCUGUUUCAUUUAUCAUUAAUAGUUUCUUCUUUUCUAUCAACCUAUUGUUAAUUAACUUUCCCUCCCCCAAGUCUCCAAAUUUUCAGGGAAACCUUCUUUCAGCAGGGUUGCUGUUCUUGAGCAGCAAUUUCACCUUGGUCCAGGUUGAGAUUUACUCUGGAAGACCACACCAAAUCCGCAUUCAUCUUUCUUUCAUUGGACACCCAAUGAUAGAAUAUGCUGAACUUGAAGCGUGGAAAACUGGCGAUCCUCUUUAUGUCGCCGGUGGGCAGCCAAAGUGUUUUGAUCCUGAGGUCAUGGAUGAAAGUUUUGCUCAUGUUGGAGGGUAUCAGAGACUUGAAAAUCCUGUUCCUGGAGACUGUGGAUACCACUUGCAUGCGCAUCGUUUAAUUUUCCCUCACCCAUCAUGA